CAGAUGAGCCGACUCGUCCUUCUCAUCUCCCUGGUGAUUGUCGUCGCCUCGGCUGCUGCUCCACAAUGUGAAGUCUGCAAAAAGGUUCUGGACGAUGUGAUGGCAAAAGUGCCGGCCGGCGACAAAUCCAAGCCAGAUGCCAUCGGAAAAGUGAUCAGAGAGCAUUGUGAGACCACUCGCAACAAGGAGAACAAAUUUUGCUUCUACAUCGGCGCACUCCCAGAAUCGGCCACUUCCAUCAUGAACGAGGUCACCAAGCCGCUCAGUUGGUCGAUGCCAACGGAAAAAGUCUGUUUGGAGAAGCUCAAGGGCAAGGAUGCUCAGAUUUGUGAGCUUAAAUACGACAAGCCACUCGACUGGAAGACGAUCGAUUUGAAGAAAAUGCGCGUGAAAGAGCUGAAAAACAUUCUCGGCGAGUGGGGAGAGGUGUGCAAGGGAUGCACCGAGAAGGCCGAGCUCAUCAAGCGCAUCGAGGAGCUUAAGCCGAAAUAUGUCAAAGAAGAGCUGUGAUUUUUUUUUCAUGCCGUUCUACAUGUGAUAAUCGUGUUUUUAGCGUGUGUGUUUUUAUUGCAAUUUUACUUGUUGAAAUCUAUUUUUUAUUAAUAAUAAUUUAUUUAUUGAUUUCCCCCCCCCCCCUUAAUUUUUUCGUGUUUCAUCAUCAUCUUCCUCCCACUGGUCUGGUCAAAUGAAGCUUUUUUCCCUGA